AUGGAGUGCCAGAAGGUUGCAAUGGAGAUGGAGAGCCAAACCCAUCUGCAGGCUCAACCUCAGGAUCCCAAACCUAAGGGCACAACCUUCCUCAGAACUUGUUUCAAUGGACUCAAUGCCUUGUCAGGGGUUGGGAUACUGUCAAUCCCAUUUGCACUGUCCCAAGGAGGGUGGCUCAGCCUGGCACUACUCCUCCUCGUGGCAGUCCUCUGCUUCUACACAGGCCUGCUCCUGAAGCGCUGCAUGGACUCCGAUCUGCACAUCAGGACCUAUCCCGACAUCGGCGAGCGAGCAUUCGGGUACAAAGGAAGGGCACUGGUCUCCAUCUUCCUGUACAUGGAGCUCUACUUGGUUGCAGUCGAGUUCCUGAUACUGGAAGGCGACAACUUGGACAAAUUGUUCCCUCACACAGCUUUCAGGAUAGGCAGCCUUGAAAUCGGAGGGAAAGAAGCCUUCAUUCUGCUCUCUGGUCUUGUGAUCCUCCCAACAACUUGGCUGAAAAGCCUAGGGGUUUUGGCCUAUGUGUCCGUUGGUGGGGUUCUGGCCUCCAUUGUUUUGGCUGUGUGCGUUUUCUGGGUUGGAGCAGUUGAUGGAGUUGGGUUCCAUGAAAGUGGCAGAAUCCUGAGGCUGGAAGGAUUGCCCACCGCUAUCAGUUUGUUCACUUUCUGUUACUGUGGACAUGCCGUUUUCCCCACCUUGUGCAAUUCCAUGAAAGACAGGACUCAGUUCUCUAAGGUAUUGCUCGUCUGUUUCGUAGUGAGCACUUUGUCGUACGGGUCGAUGGCGGUCAUGGGAUACCUGAUGUACGGAGAGCAUUUGAAGUCGCAGGUUACGUUAAACCUUCCCAUCGCGAAAAUUAGUUCGCAAGUUGCGAUUUACACGACACUGGUGAACCCCGUGGCCAAAUACGCGGUGAUUAUAGGUCCGGUCGCGACGGCCGUGGAGGAGAAGUUUGUGUUCGAGAACAGCAGGGCGCUGUGCAUCCUAGUGAGGACCGUGAUUCUAAUUAGUACAGUGAUUGUGGCACUGACGGUGCCGUUUUUCGGCUAUGUGAUGGCGUUUAUUGGGUCGUCGUUGAGCGUGAUUGCGUCGUUGAUUUUGCCGUGUUUGUGCUACGUUAGGAUUAACAAGUCGGCUAGGAAAGUUGGGUUGGAGCUGAUGUUAAUUGUUGGGAUUUUGGUCGUUGCGACUGUUGUUGGGAUUGUGGGGACUUACACAUCGGUGAAACAGAUUGUGAAGCAGCUAUGAGAACAAAAUAAACAAAUGUGAGGAGACAAUCCUGCGAAUGUGACAAUAAUUAAUUUUUGUCAGCGGUUUUUAC